AUGGGAUCCGCCAAGGAAGAAAUCUCUGUCGAUGUGCUCGUUAUCGGCGCUGGUCCGACUGGUCUCGGAGCUGCAAAGCGCCUCCACCAGAUUGACGGCCCCUCAUGGCUGAUUGUCGACUCGAAUGAGACACCUGGUGGUCUGGCUUCGACCGACACGACUCCAGAGGGCUUCCUCUACGACGUCGGCGGCCAUGUCAUCUUCUCCCACUACAAGUACUUCGACGACUGCAUCGACGAGGCCCUUCCCAACGACGACGACUGGUUCACCCACGAGCGUGUGUCGUACGUCCGCUGCAAGCGCCAAUGGGUCCCCUACCCAUUUCAGAACAACCUGUCCAUGCUGGACAAGGACGACCAGGCCAAGUGCGUCGACGGCUUGAUUGACGCCGCACUUGAGGCUCGCGUGGCAAACACCAAGCCCAAGGACUUUGACGAGUGGAUCAUGCGCCAGAUGGGUGUCGGCAUUGCUGACCUCUUCAUGAGGCCAUACAACUUCAAGGUCUGGGCUGUGCCUACCACCAAGAUGCAGUGCCAAUGGCUCGGAGAGCGUGUCGCUGCCCCCAACGUCAAGGGUGUCAUCAACAACAUCAUUCACAACAAGACCGCAGGAAACUGGGGUCCCAACGCAACCUUCCGCUUCCCCGCACGAGACGGUACCGGUGGUAUCUGGAAGGCUGUCGCCAAGACACUGCCAGACUCCAAGACAAGAUACGGUGACCACGGCAAGGUCACCAAGGUUGACGCCGACGGCCACAAGGUACACCUGAACGACGGCACAGUCGUCAACUACAAGAAGUUGGUCAACACCAUGGCUGUCGAUGCCCUGGUUGAGUCCAUGGGCGACAAGGAGCUCAUCGACCUCAGCAAGGGUCUCUUCUACUCAACCACCCACGUCAUUGGUGUUGGUCUCCGUGGCGAGCGACCAGAGCGCAUUGGUGACAAGUGCUGGCUCUACUUCCCCGAGGAUGACUGUCCAUUCUACCGCGCCACCAUCUUCUCCAACUACUCGCCAUACAACCAGCCGCAAAAGGACGUCAAGCUCGCCACCCAGCAGCUCGCCGAUGGCUCCAAGCCCAGUUCCACCGAGCCCAAAGAGGGUCCAUACUGGUCUAUCAUGUUGGAGGUCUCCGAGUCUAGCAUGAAGCCCGUUGACGAGAAGAACAUGCUCAAGGACUGCAUUCAGGGUCUCAUCAACACCGAGAUGAUCAAGUCCGACGACGAGAUCGUCUCCACCUACCACCGCCGCUUCGAUCACGGAUACCCUACCCCCUCGCUCGAGCGUGAGGGUGUUCUCACCAAGCUGCUCCCUGCGCUCCAACAAAAGGACAUUCUGUCGCGUGGCCGCUUCGGCUCAUGGCGCUACGAGGUCGGUAACCAGGACCACUCGUUCAUGUUGGGUGUAGAAGCCGUCGACCACGUCGUCAACGGUGCUGUUGAGCUUACCCUCAACCACCCCGACUUUGUCAACGGCCGCAAGAACGAGGAGCGCCGCCUCAAGGACGGUGCCCAGAUCUUCUCUCAGACUCCCCUCGCUCUGAGGAACAAGGGUGUUGAGUAA